UUGUGUUGUGUGUGGAAAAGAGAGAAAUGGCAGGAUGAGGCGGCAGCCGGAGAAAGAGUCACAGUAAAAGGACCAGUAAGGCCACAGUCUGGGAACAACAGAUCCAAGGAGACGUAGAGAAAGAGAAAGUAUGCCAUCAGCGAUUUGCUUUGGGAGCCUGACUGUGUGGAAGAGAGAGAGAGAGUGAAAAAAAGAGGAAGUUGUGGUGGCUCUUUAAACUCUGUCUUCCUGCUGUGGCUUCCUGGCUCCCACAGAAACAGCAUCCAUCAUCUCUUCCAGUCACACUCUCCCAUCUUUCCUAGCACUUUAUCAUGCCUUAUUACUAGUUAAUCAUAUCAAGGCAAUAUGCACUGAGUAAACCAAGAUGAAAUGCCAACUCUAUCCUGAUCCAUGAAAGAAGCCAUGCCAAUCUUCUCUGCAGGAGCAGGGUUGCAUGAGACUCUUGCCCUACUGACCUCACAGCUGUGUCCAAAUGCCAAUCACAAAGAAGAGAUAGUCUUCCUUAAGGACGUCUUUAGUGAGAGAAGUCUCAGCAACCUUAUGAAGAUUCAUGAGAAGCUGCGUCAGUAUGAAAGGCAAAGCCCCACUCCAGUUCUCCACAGUGCCUUCACUCUCGCAGAGGAUGUGGCAGAGGAGUUGCAGAGUGGACCAAUAAGUGUUGAGGAAAAGGAGCUCUUACAUCUGCUAACAUCACCACAUCUCAAGGCCGUUUUGUCAGUUCAUGACACAGUGGCACAGAAAAGCUUUGACCCAGUGCUGCCUCCUCUACCUGACGACUUUGAUGAUGAUCUAGAUGAGGAUUCUGUCAAGAUCAUCUGCCUGGUCAAAAACAAAGAACCACUUGGUGCCACUAUUCGGCGAGACGAGUCCUCAGGUGCCGUGAUUGUGGCUCGUAUCAUGAAGGGAGGGGCUGCAGACAGAAGUGGUCUGGUGCAUGUAGGUGAUGAACUAAGGGAAGUCCAUGGCAUCUCUGUAAUGCACAAGAGACCAGACGAGAUCAGCCAACUGCUGUCUCAAUCACAAGGCUCUAUCACACUGAAGAUCAUCCCAGCAAUCAAAGAGGAGGACACACUGAAAGAAAGCAAGGUCCACAUGCGGGCGCUUUUUGACUACAUUCCAUUAGAGGACAAGGCCACGCCCUGUCAGGAGGCGGGGCUUACAUUUAAACGUGGAGACAUCCUGCAGGUGGUCAGUCAGGAUGAUCAAAUCUGGUGGCAGGCCAAGAAAGUGGGAGAUAGCAACCUGCGUGCAGGACUCAUCCCAUCCAAACAGUUUCAGGAGAGGAGAUUAGCCUACAGAAUCAAUAUGGGCAGUCUUCCAAAUCCCAAAUCUCCAAAAAAAGCUGUCUAUGAUCAGGGAUGUGAUAAAGAGGAUUGUGACUGUGAGGGCUAUUUCAAUGGACAGUACAUCGCUGGCUUGCGGAGAAGUUUUCGCCUAAGUCGGAAGGAUCGUCGUGGUUCUACUGGAGAGGUCAGUAUUUUUGACCAGAACGAGAUGGAGUUCUUGACCUAUGAAGAGGUUACACGCUACCAGCAGAGGCCCAAUGAAAGACCCCGAUUAGUAGUUCUCAUUGGUUCUCUGGGAGCCCGUAUCAAUGAGCUGAAGCAAAAAGUGAUAGCAGAAAAUCCCCACCGUUAUGCUGUGGCUGUGCCCCACACCACGCGGCCCAAAAAGAGUCAUGAAAAGGAGGGAGUGGAGUACCGCUUUGUGACCAAGCAGGCCUUUGAUGCAGAUGCACAGAAUAACAAAUUUAUAGAGUAUGGAGAGUAUAAGGAGAAUCUGUAUGGGACCAGUAUAGAAGCCAUUCGUUCUGUUCAAGCCAAGAACAAGAUGUGUCUGGUGGAUGUACAACCUGAGGCACUGAAGACCCUGCGGACAGCAGAGUUUAAGCCUUAUGUCAUUUUCGUAAAACCACGAAUCCCAGAGAGCCACAGACGCCGCAGUGCUGGCACAUCACCAGGAGGGGGUGAAAAUGGGCGAUUGAAAGAGGAAGACCUGCAGGAAAUGUGUCUGUCGGCACAGCAGAUAGAUCAGCAUUAUGGUCACAUGGUGGAUCGAAUGCUGAUAAAGGAAGACACUGCCAGUGCCUGCACAGAACUACGUAGCAUCCUGGAGAGAUUGGAACAAGAGACUUUCUGGGUUCCUGUGAGCUGGAUCAAGACCUAGGACCCCCCUGUACUCCAAUCCAGACUAUUGAUCAACACCCCACUGAAAGCUUUGCAGUGGUGGGCUUCUUUUUCUUCCAUUCUGCCUCUCUUGGGCCUUGCUUCUUUGAGCUCUGCCAUUUCUUCAUUGGUCUCAAAGGAGACUGAAUUUUAGACAAGCAUAAAGAGAGCAUGAAUAUCUUUAUAUUUUGUUUCUGGUCUGGGACAUGCUGGCACAUAUGCACUUACAUGUAUGCAUGAAUAAUCAAAUUAAUUUUUUAAUGACAAUUGUUUAUUUUUGGUUAUAUGUCAUAAAAUUAAUGAUUUUUUAUUUUAUUUAUUUUUGUACACUUUGUAGCUUAUUUUUGUUAUUUAAUCAGUUUCAAUAGGCUGUUCACUUAACCAAUACUUAAGAUACAACAAAAAUGAAACCAGUGUCAGAUCAUCAUAUCAAAGAGUCGAAACGAUAACUUUUGGAUUUAAAUGGCCGUGGAAUGUGGUUGUCAUGGCAAGAGCAAUGUUUGUCUGAAAUGUGGCACUUCUGGGAAAAGUAAAAGUUGGACUGUAAAGGUUUCAACAUUGCAUAGUAAGCUGCUCCCUUGUGACAUACACCCAAAUAGAGACUUCAGCAACUACUGUACUUCAGUUUGAAAUCAUUUAAUGUUUACAUUUCAUAAAGCUUUACCUAUCAGGCAUUACUCUAUUUUGUAAUAGAAAUCAGGUUCUCUUUUAGGCGCAUGUGUGAUCAAUGGACCCAGGUGGUCCAGCUGAUUUGAAUUUGGUUCGGCAAGGCGCAGAUAGACCUGUUUGCUUCCCGAGAAUCCUCCCACUGCCUGCUCUGCUCUGCACUCAGCUGGCCCCGGGGGCUGCGCAAGUAUAUGUUUCCCCCCAGUGAGCAUACUUGCACAGACCUUGCACAGUUGUCCCCCUCCACCUUGAAGGUGUAUGUGGCCCUACGGAAGCACAACCUGAUCAUCAGGUUCCUGAGAGGCGCCUGCAGGCUUAAUCCUCCUAGGCCAUGCCUCUUCCCCUCAUGGGCCUUCGGAGAGCCCGGUUUGAGCCCCUAGAGUCAGUCGAGCUGAAAGCACUCUCCUUGAAGACAGCCCUCCUGGCUGCACUCAACUCCAUUAAGAGGGUUGGGGACCUGCAGGCGUUCUCUGUCAGCAACACUAGCCUUGAGUUCGGUUCGGAAGACUCUCCUGUGGUACUGAGACCCCGAACAGGCUAUGUGCCAAGGUUCUUGCGACCCCUUUCGGGGAUCAGGUGGUGAGCCUGCAAGCGCUGCCCCGG